UCCUGUGAAAAAUGUCAGUUGCGGAUAGAGUGCACACCGGAACUGUCUCUGAUGAAAGUGAGGAAACCACUCAGCAUGCGGACGAGCAGAGCUCCAUGGACGAGCAAGGAGACAGCCAACUGCCAAUGCUGAACGAGGGGAAAGAAAUAAUGCACCAUGAACAUAAAAUAUCUAGUCCUAAAACUAAAGAUGAACAUGCAAACUCAGAAGUCUACACAGCAACCUCGUUGUCACUAAAGACCAAGGACAAAAGUGUAAAAAGUCAGCCCCUGAUUCUAGACUGGGCUUUUGGGAUCAACCAGGCUCUACCUGUAUUCAGCCUUCUGGACCAAGACAGACUUGUCAUGCUGUAUGGUUGUGCCAAUGUAGCUGUCAUACAUGACCACGCCUCCAAUUCUCAGCGUCUUCUGCAAGGUCACUGCAGCCCUAUUUCCUCCCUGUGUGUCAGUGAGGACCGACGCUGGCUGGUGACCGCUGACAAGGGCCAGGAGAGCCUUGUUAUCGUGUGGGACUCAUUCACAGGGAUCCCUGUACUCACUUUGUUUGAUUGUCAUCCUGAGGGAGGUGUAGUUGCACUUGCACUGUCAAAGGACUCAAAAUAUCUUGCGACUGUUGGAGCCGGAAGAGUGCAGAGAGUUUGUAUCUGGGAUUGGACUAACGAAGGUGAAGGUCCCACAUGCCAGACUGACAUCAGCCCAGAGCAUGGUUGCCAGAAUCACAUCUUAUUCAACCCUACUGACAGCUCUCAACUUCUGAGCAACAGUAAAAGUCAUGUCCUCUUUUAUACCUGGGAUAAGAAAAUUAUGGAAUAUACAGCCCCAGAACUAUCAGAUAAGACAUUCAGCAAGGUAGUGGGUUCCCUGAGCCAGUCAGCCUUCCAUUUUGCGGGUCUUCAGGCUUUCUCAGUUACCUUGGCAGGGAACCUGGUGCUGUGGGAGUCUCUGAGAGACACUUCCACAUGCCAGCCCAACGCAAUGAAAGCUACCAAACUCAUUCCACUGCAGAAGGAUGGAAUUACUACACUAACUAUGUGUGACAGUUUAAUUGUAACAGGAGACAUGAGAGGCCGCGUCAAAUUUUAUGACGGGAACUUCAAGCUCAUUACCUGGUGCAGCGAGUUCAAUUUGGACCCCAUUGCUUCCAUUUCCUUUUCAAAGGACAUACCUUUCAAUAACAGCCUGGAACAGCAAGAAGACUGCACUGUAAAUGCCAAGCAGUUUGUCAUUAGGAACUUUGUCAUAUCUACGGUUAGUGCAACUGUGGUCCAUGUGACAAGACGGGGCAGUGUGGCACAGACUUUACUGAGGGAGCAUGAAGGUCCACUACACACAGUGGCCUGCCACCCCAAACAGCCGCUGGUGGCUAUGGGCAGUCACAGUGGCAUCUUGAAGGUCUGGGACUAUGAGCAAAAAGUGGUCAUAUCCAGCAGAGACUUCCAUCCGGACAAGCAGAUCCAGUGCAUCACAUAUGAUCCUCAAGGAUUUUACCUGGCUGUGGGCUUUGUCAGUGGGGCAGUGAAGAUUCUAGAUACCUAUACACUGCAGCAAGAAGAACAGGAGAGUAUUCAGUACAGUCAGGACUGCAUUACCCAUCUCACCUUCUCCCAUGACUCCACCCUUCUGGCCACUGCGGAUACUGGAAAGGCCGUGAUGGUGUUUCACCUGUGUAAGGAAGGUGGUGGGCUCAGUUGGAAGUACCUGGGGAAGCACCGCUCUCACUACAAGCCCAUCCAGGACCUGCUGUUUGGGGUGGAUCUGGACAGCAGGCAGCCGCGUCUGCUCUCUCUUGGCAUAGACCGCAGACUGGUGGAGUAUGAUCUGCAGAAGAGCAAGAAGGAUGAGCUGUUGAUCCUGAGCUCAGAGCGCAUUGAACAAAGUGCCGUGCCAAUGUGCAUGGCCUGGUAUCCGCCUCUAAGCACUGAACACUUCUUACUGACCGCGUCUAACCACUACAAGAUGAAACUAUUCAAUGUCACCACAAAGAUGUGCAGAAAAACAGUCCUUGGACCCACAUAUGGUUCUCCUAUGAAGAGAAUGCUGAUUUUACCACCUUCUAAAGAUGGGGAUCUGAAUUCUUACUACAUGGCUUAUAUAACACAGGACAAGGUUGGGCUUCAAAUUUUGCCCCUAGAUGGGAACCCAUAUAAGUCCUCAGCGAUGAUAUGCCACUCCAUGGGUGUCUCCAGUCUGGCUUGUUCCUAUGAUGGCAGAUAUGUUUUCACUGCUGGUGGAGUGGAUAAGACAGUCUUCUCAUGGGAGAUCAGCCUUUCUGCAUUAGAGGCUGCUGCUGCUUUGGGAGGAAAAGACCUGGUUCCUUUUUACUCACUUUUAGAAGGAGGUAGAGAUGGAGAGCUUGUUAGGGCCAUGGAAGAUUUCUUUUACUACUGUCAGCUGCGAAAUCAGGGCAUCGAUUCCAUGGAAACCAGACGUGUGUCCACUCAGAUCCCUCUUACUGAAGUGCCCUUUGUCAUGAGGGCGCUGGGCUUCUAUCCGACUGAGCAAGAGCUGGAGGACAUGCAAAACGAGGUCAAAUUCAGCCGUUAUGCUGAGACUGGAAAUCAUGUCACUGAUGUUGACCUGGAAGAAUUUAUUAAACUGUUUGUCAACCACCGGCCAGCCUUUGGCACCUCCAGUGAAGAGCUGUGCAGUGCCUUCCAGGUUCUGGGGGCAGUGGUUGAGAACGGCAGGCCAGUUAUCACCCGAGAAGAGUUGCUGGAAUUGCUACAGGCCAGGGGUGAGCACAUGACCGAGGAGGAGCUGGGAGAAUGCUUCAUGACAUUGUUAGGCUUUAAUGUGGAAGGAGGGCGAUCUGAAGCAAGGAUAUCUCAGUGUAAAGAAACAGACAAGUUACUCCUGGAAAGUGAAUUGCCCCCAGACAUCACUGCGGACACAUUUGCCACAGACAUUUUAGGAUUCCACGUUGCCACUCAGGAGCUCCCCCCUGAGCAGGACUCUUCAUCCUCCAUCACUUGUAAGGACUCUUUUGAGCAGAUGUGAGCCGCUAGCUGUGUGCACAAACAACAUGCUCUUUUUUAUCUGGAGUACUUGAAUAGCUUCAGGAAAAAAAUAACCAAAAAUAUUUAGGUAUAUUCUUAAAAUGUCAUGUCUUAAUAUGUUUGAUUGAUUUUGUUUUUAGUUGUCUUUCACUAUUAACAUAAGCUUUCAUUUAUAUUCACAUACAAUUUUCAAAAGGGAAUUUAGGGGAAAUAAACAUCUUCACUGAGCUAUGCUAUUGACGGGAUUUUUCUUUUUUUUUUCCAUAGUGAAGACUGAGUGUAAUUUAAUGUUGUUUAGGCUACACAGUCGUUUACGCUCAAAGUUUUAAAGUUCUGGAUUAAAAACACUGAGUGGAAAAAUCGCUUCUUUUCGUGCGGCAACAGUGCAUUUAUUUGACCGUCUCAUGCUUGGAGGGCACGCUGCUCUGUGGUUAGCGCAGGCGCACAACCCCACCUCAG